UAUGGUAGUAAAUGUUUUCCCAGAACUGAAAUUUGCUGACCAUUCUUCUAAAUAUCUUUCUCUGAGUGAAUCAUAAUAAAGUUAUUUAUAAAGGUAUGAAAUGACACGAGGGUGAGUAAAUGAUGACAGAUCCCUUUUAAUUCACGGCUCUGGUCUUCAUAAUGGAUUACACUGCCCCUCCCCAGCACAUUCCUGUGUGUGUGUGUUUUCUGGCAGGGAGAGGGUCUCUUGUGUCAGUUUGCUCUUUAAACACACAACAGAUGUGAUGUGGAAGUCAUGAAGGCGCUUAAAGAGUCUGAGCACUAAAUGUAUUUAUUAGUUUCUUUCAGAAGUGCCUCAGAUCUAUGUCACAUGUGUGAAGAACUUUAUUCUUUCUGUCAGAAGUUCACUCUCACACACGCGCACGCGCCCUCUUUUCUCUCGUGUGUCCUGCAGGCGGCGCUCUCAGUUCUGCAUUGAGUUCAAAUCUCAGCAGUUUGUUUCUGGAGGAUGAGAACAUAAACAUAAUCGGCGCAUCGUCGUUCAUGUGAAAUGAAAGAGAACCGCUGAGCCCCGCCCAGUUUAGAUCGCUUGUCACGUUGAUUGACAUAACACCUCUCUUCGUGUGGUUCUGAUCUGAGAAUGACGUCAUGGUCCCGAGCGGCGCGGAGGCGGAGCAGAACACACAGACACACAGUGACGGUGAUCGGGCCGUUGUUCGGUGCUGAUGUUGUUUGUGUGGCUGUGCUGUGAGUUCGGUCAUGUUUGACGCCAGUGUUUGGCGGAUCCGAAGCAUCCGAGAUUCAGUGAGACUCGAGAUCUGCGACGAACCGAGUCCUGCGGUGCUGAACCGAUUCACACAGCUGGAUCCGGACACGCCUCAUCUGGAGAAUGCGAGUCAGGAGAUUGGUGAGGAGGUGGAGGAGGGUGCAGUGUUCAGCAUCACGCUGAGGAAGGUUCAGAUGUAUCAGUCGUCCAGUAAGAGUCAGCGCUGGUUGGGUGUGGACUCGGACGCGUCUCUCAGUCUCUAUGAGACGUGUAAACUGCGCAGUAUUAAAGCGGGAACGCUGGAGCGUCUGGUGGAGUACAUGGUGAUAGCGUUCAGAGGAAAUGACUCCACGUACGUCACCAUAUUUCUCUGCACAUACAGAACGUUUGCCACCACCAAACAAGUUCUGGACCUCCUGCUCAACAAAUAUGCUAAACUUCAUCAGCAGCCGGGUGGUGAUGCUCGCAGAAUGACUCCUGAUGAACGCACAGAACUCAGGAACACUGUGUCGUCUAUCCUGGGCGCCUGGUUGGAUCAGUACUCUGAGGACUUCUGGAAGCCUCCGGAAUACAGCUGUCUGAGACGGCUGAUCCAUUACUUACAGCUCAACUUCCCCGGGUCUGAUCUGGAGCGGCGGGCCUGUAAUCUCCUGAGCCAGUUCCACCGCAGACUUCAGCAGGAAUCCCACCAGGACGUGAUCGAUCAGGGAUGCUGUGCCUUUACUUUGCUGGAAGAGAACGGGUUCCAUGAAGAUCCACCUGAUUUUCUGAGCUUUGACCCUACAGUGGUGGCGGAGCAGUUCACGCUGAUGGAUGCUGAGCUGUUUAAGCGUGUGGUGCCGUAUCACUGUCUGGGCAGCAUCUGGUCUCAGAGAGAUAAGAAAGGAAAAGAACAUCUGGCACCGACCAUCAGAGCAACAGUCACGCAGUUUAACCGCGUCACAAACUGUGUCAUCUCCACCUGCCUGAGUGAGCGAACACUGAAAGCCGCUCAGAGAGCCCGAAUCCUGGAGCACUGGAUACAAGUGGCCCGAGAGUGUCGGAUCUUGAAGAAUUUCUCGUCUCUGCGUGCGAUUUUGUCGGCUCUGCAGUGUAAUCCUGUACACCGUCUGAAGAAAACAUGGGAUGAAGUUUCACGGGAAAACAUUCGCAUCUUCCAGGAGCUGUCAGAGAUCUUCUCAGAUGACAACAACCACUCGCUGAGUCGAGAACUCCUGAUAAAGGAGGGAACAUCUAAAUUCGCCACACUGGAGCUUAACCCAAAGCGUGCUCAGAAACGUCAGCAGGCACAGAGAGAUCUGAGUGUGAUGCAGGGAACAAUUCCUUACCUGGGAACUUUCCUCACAGAUCUGGUGAUGAUGGACACAGCAAUGAAGGAUUAUCUGGAUGGCGGCUUGAUAAACUUCGAGAAGAGACGGAAGGAGUUUGAGGUCAUAGCUCAGAUUAAGUUGUUACAGUUGGCGUGUAAUAAUUAUAAUUUUCAGCGGGUCGCUGCUUUCAGUGUUUGGCUCUCUAGUGUGGAGAAACUGUCAGAGGCCGAGAGCUACAGUCAGUCAUGUGACAUCGAGCCUCUAUCUGAAUCCGCAUCCAACACACUGAGAGCCAAGAAGAGCUCUGGGAUCAUGAAGAGAUGGAGCGAUCGUCAGCCGGUGGGUUCGGCCGAGGCGGGCUGUGGUUCCGGCAGCAGCAGUUCACACUCAAAGUCGUUCGAUCAGUUACGUUUCCCUGCGUGUGUCGGGGGUUCAGUGGGCGACGCUUGUGAUUGUGUCAGCGUGACGUCUGCCGGCUCCAGCAGCUCUGAUGUGGACGAGGUGAACAUUAGCUUCAUCUCAGACUCGCCCGAUGCGCUGGAGAGGAAGAUGAACACAUCAUCUGCGUGUCCUACAGCAACCUCCACACCGUUUGUAAAACAUUCCAGUUCUACGCUCGGAAAGUGCGGCCCCACGGGUGACCUGAUACCUACGUUCUGGGAGUCCACGUCUCUCUCGUCUCUGGAUGCCUCGGGUCUUGGCUCGGGUUCGGGCUCCAGCAGCGCGUCCUCGUCCUCGGUGUCGUCCACGCCGGUGGUGACGUCUCGCUCACACAAGCGCUCGGUGUCCGGUGUGUCCAGCUACUCCUCGCUCUCUCUGCCGCUCUAUAACCAGCAGGUGGACGACUGCUGCAUCAUCAGAGUCAGUCUGGACGUGGACAACGGAAACAUGUACAAGAGCAUUCUGGUGACUAGUCAGGAUAAAACUCCAGCAGUGGUCAGGAAGGCAAUGGUCAAACACAACUUGGACCGCGAGAGAGCUGAAGACUACGAGCUGGUUCAGAAAAUCAGUGAGGAGAAGGAACUGAAGAUUCCCGACAAUGCCAACGUUUUUUACGCCAUGAACUCCAGCGCCAACUAUGACUUCGUCCUGAAGAAGAGGGGCUUCCCCAGAGCGGGCCGAAGCAAACACGUGUCGAGCUCCACGCUGCCUCGAAUGAAACAGAAAGGUCUGAAAAUCGCCAAGGGGAUCUUCUGAAUUCUCAAAGCGCUGCCGUGACCUUUGUCUGUGAUGCCAUCGGUUCUGCCUCUGAUGUCACUUCCUGUCAAGCGUAGGCUGGAAGCAAAAGAGUGUGGAACGCAGCCAACCACCUUCAUGAUGGUGUGGUGACCUCACCUCGCACAUGACGCACCGGACUGACUGCACACGUCUAUCUGAAUGUCACACGCGUUUUGUGUGUUGUAACUGACGCGGUGCUCGGACUGAUGUUUUCCUCACUUUCAUUGGAUCUUGUUAUAUUUUUUGGUGUGUGAUUUGUAGAAUGGCUGUAUUGUGGGUCUGUUACUGUCGAUGAAGCCGAACCUUUUCUUUGAGAACAACAACAGAACACCUGCUGUUCAGAUCACACAGCGUCACCGCUCAUUCCAGGAACUUCUAUUAACAGCAUCGGUGUCCUUACGCGCGUCCUGUGACGGACUGUCAAAGUGCAGAACAGUGAAUGUGACACGCAAAACAUGACUCAUUUUCACUCUCUGAUCUUUUAUACGCUAUGAUGUAUGCCGUAGCGUCUGUACGAGAAUGCGUGAGAUUCAUGACUGAAGGGCCAAAGAUCAGUCCGGUGACGUCAGCACUGCCCGAGCGGACCACACAUAGAUCUGGUGCCAUUCCUGUUUUUCACUGAUGCUCUGGUUUUCUAUGUUCUUUUGUAAUCUUUGUACAAUAUGACAUGUCCUUUGUACUUUUGCUUUUCUGUUUGGCUUGUGUACGUGUCUCUGUGUCAGUCUCUGUAUUUAUUGAUUUGUAAAUAUUUUUGUAAUGUUGUACAUUUAGUUUCUCCUCCCGUGUAAUUAUAAAUGAAUGUGUAAAUAUGAAUAUAUCUAUGCGAACUUUAUACCACUACAGUUACUUUCAGCCCUGGUUUCUAUGUCUGUCCUGUCCUGUCUCUUCAAUUGUUAUUGUUUUCUUUGAUGCCGCACUGUUUGUAAUAAUGGAGAAAGUUACACGGUUAAUAAACGCGUGCGUCACACCACG